AUGUUUGAGCAUCGUGAGUUCAUCCUGCCCAGGAACCGGGAGACCAUUAUGAAAGUGAAGUUGGCCUCAGUUGGCUAUGGGGCUUUGGACACCUUGCCGAAGAAGUUUCUGCCUCCGAUGUUGGGCAAUUUUCGGGAAAAGUUCAACAUCCUCUACGCCCUUUGUGAGCAGCAGCUGAGUAAGCAGCGCCACUACGACUUUGGACUCCGCAACAUCUUGAGUGUCCUGCGCCAGUCGGGCAUCGUGAAGCGUAGCGAACCCGGGGAAUCGGACGAAGAGAUGCUCUUCAUGCGCACGGUGCGCGACAUGAAUCUGUCGAAACUCGUGGCAGAUGAUGUGCCACUCUUCAUGAACCUGUUGGAGGACCUCUUUCCAAAGGUCACGGAGACACCGGAAAUGAACUACAAGAGCCUGGAAGAGACGGUGUCUUGGCUAUCGGUCCCAUCUGAUCCAAGUAUCAUUGACAAGCGGAUGCGUAUCCGAGUGGUGAAUAUUACUGCGAAGGAACGGCUCACCCAGAAGGACCAUUUUUCCAUCGUUUGGCGUCCCAGCCUUUGUGGCAAGUCGCGGAUCAUGCAAACCUUGACUCAAGCUUUGACGGAGGAUAAGGAGCAACCUGCACCCCACAAGCUGGUGGUCAUGAACCCAAAGGCCAUCACCGAUGCUCAGAUGUACGGUGUGAAAGAUGCUUCCAGCGGGGCGGUGAUGAAUGGACGCCCGGAGUGUUGGAUGACCCGAUUCGCAUCCAUUUGGCAGCAGAAGAACAACCGCGCAUUGAAGUACAGCACUUGGAUCGUUUGUCCGGCCCCCAGUGAGGAUGAUAAGUGUGAUGGACCGAUUGAUGCGAUCUGGAUCGAGAAUCUGAACACGGUCUUGGAUGACAACAAGUUCGAAGUGGAAAGCCUGCGCAAUGCGUCCCCAGCCACUGCCUGGAUCCCAAUGGAGCCAUGGAGCUAUGGAAUGCCCCCAAUUUUUAUGAAAGGUUUGGUUUUCUUUGGAUAA